CUAGUUCCCCUGCAGCAAGUGCACAUCGCACACACACCUCAUACAACCUCAUCGCCUGCGUGGAUGUGAAACUCGAAAGGCCUUCCUGGCCGUCUUGGUGAAAUCAGCUCAAACGUGCGACAAUGCUGAAGGCUGCGACGAUUCGCGAGUUUGACAGCAAUCGUCGCUCCAGGCGAGCGCCGGCACGAGCUCGCCAGGAAAAAACACCCAAUGGCAGCCCUUCAAGCUCCCCGACCGCAGCAGCCGCAGCAGCGAGAGGAGGAACUGCGAGCUCGAGAGGCUUGACGUCCGCGAAGGAACAUGCUGACCAUGGCGUUACGAGUCACGGCCACACCCACGCACACAGCCAUCACCAUCACCAUCAUCACCAAUACAAACCGAAAUGGGCCACUCGUGUAACUCCGUUAACGCAGGAGGAGAAGGACAAGCUGGAGGUGGCAAAGACCCCAGGGCUCCUCGCACCAAUGCGCAUUUCAGUCAGGCAAAAGCCCGACAAUCCCGAGGAGUUUGAGAACCUUGGCUCCAUGCGCACCCGCUUCUCUCCCGCCCUCGUCUACAGUCUUCUCAGAAGCUUUGAGGAUGCUCCGCGUGUAUAUAAGAACAUCUCCCACUGUGACGUGGAACCUCUGGAGGAGCCUGGCACCUUCAGAGUCACGCAGCACGUCAAGUGGCGGUUCCUGUUCCUCUCAGGCACAUUCGCCACCACGCUCAUCUGCCAACGAAACGACGCUGCAAGAUCAGUCAACUUCAAGCUGGCUGAGCCUGGCUUCAUGAAGGCGUUCAGUGGCGGCUGGACCAUUCACGACCUGAGUCCUCCAAAGCCGUUGCCCCUUGCAUCUGCGUCUAUUUCGCCUUCGAAACUUACCCUGAAAGCAAACUUCCUUCAGUCGCUGGCUGCAGCGCUUCCGGGUGCGACAGCGCCAGCAGCUGGAGCAGAAGCAUCUCCCGAGGCGUCUGAAAGAGCAGGCAGUGGGACCCCACCUGGUGGAUCUUUGAUUGAAAUGUGGCAGUUGUCGCAGCCUGCAAUGGUCCCCCCUCGGCCACUUUUGCAUUACGUUUAUGGCAUCAUGGAAACCAGCAUGCGAGGGAUCUUUCAGGACUUGUGCGUUGAGGCUGACCGAGUUGAGAGGUCGGAGAAAGAGGCACCUGCUACUAAGGUUUUUGGUCUCAACAUAGGUAAUUCUUAUGUAAUUUAUGGUACCGUACCUUGCCGUGUAGGGGUACCAUGUGCAGAAUUUGAGCAAUUAUCGAAUGGAUAUUAGCCCUCAGGUUGCACUCGUUAGGAA